AUGACUGUUGGCAGUGGCCCCAUCAACGACGGACCACCAUUUGAGAUCGAUCCCACAUCCCUCACCAUCUCUUCCUUUCAUCAUCUCCUCUUCACCGGAAAGGUCACCUGUACCGCUCUGGUCCAGGCGUACCUCGAUCGCAUUGCUCGGUACGAUCCUGCCCUCCGAUCAUUAAUAUACGUCAACCCGAACGCACUGGAAGUUGCAGCGCAAAAGGAUCUCGAGACAAGCACAAAGUAUCUCGGACAUGAAGAGUCGUCAUGCCCAACGAUAGAUUCCACAUAUGAAAGCAAACAUGCCGGUGGAUGCUCAUUCAAAAAUCACCUGCACCCAUCAAAUGUCAAGCAUAAUCGGACUCAUUCCACUUCUCCCCCUCCACCCCUCCAUGGUAUCCCCAUCAUCCUCAAAGACAACUUCACCACCAUCGACACCCCCACCAGCGCAGGUGUUCUCGCCCUGCAAUCCCUACACACAACCAUCGAUGCGCCCGUGGUACAACGCCUGCGCGAUGCGGGCGCAAUCAUUCUCGCCAAGGCAAAUAUGCAUGAAUUCGCCCUCCAUGGGACCACCACCUCCUCGCUAGGCGGGCAGACGGUGAAUCCAUUUGACUAUACGCGCACCCCCGGUGGAUCGUCCGGGGGCACGGCGGUGGCGAUCGCAAUGGGAUUAGGGCUUGUUGGGUGUGGAAGCGAUACGGUGAAUUCAUUGAGGUCGCCGGCGUCGGCGUGUGGGAUUGUGGGGUUUCGACCGUCGAGGGGGAGGGUCUGUACGGACGGAGUGGUUCCGGUGUGUGAGGUGCAGGAUGCGGUUGGGCCGAUGGGGAGAUGCGUGAGAGAUGUAAGGGUUGUUUUUGAGGUGAUGAGUGGGGGGAAGACUGGCGCAGAAGAAGGGGAGGAAGACCAGGAGAAAGAGAAAGAGUUGAUGCCGGGGGAUUUGAACCGGAAUAUCAAAGCGCUGAAUUCUCUUGUAGAUAGACACGAGCCUGGAAUUGAUUGCGUCCCCACGCAGGUGCACACCAGGAGACCGGUGCGUAUCGGCAUUCUGGAAGCAUACUUUGGACUGGACGACCACAUCGAACACCUGGAACUCGAUCCGCUCGUCCAGGAAAAUAAGCAAGUCCAAAGAGUCGUUCGCAACGCACUAUCUCUCAUCUCGGCCUCGGCCGGUUUAGAGAUUGAGUUGAUCUCGCUCAAUCCCACGUGUCACCCCGACUGGCGAUUCGCUACCCUCCAAUCCACAGCCGACACCCAAAUCUUCGAGUUUCAAGAACGACUCGAUGCCUUCCUCCAAUCGCCGACGGUGAUCUCGCCGUAUCGUUCGCUCAGCGCCAUCGCGAAAAGUGGACUUUACGAUCACAACGCCGUCACCGACGUUUUCACCGCGCCGUUGAUAGAUCCCGAGACAUUUUGCAUGUCCAGCCCGGGAUUUCGCACAUGCUUGGAGAACAUCGCCGCUUUGAAAUGCUCGGUUCGCGAGUGUUUUGCACAGUACGACCUCGAUGCAGUGGUGUAUCCUCAUCAACGCCAGUUACCCGUCAAGAUUGGUACGACCAUCCAACCGAGAAGAAAUGGGAUCUUGGCCGCUUUGACGGGGCGGCCGGCUAUUUGUCUACCCGCGGGAUUUAGUGCACCGAGCGAGUCGGCGCCUCGAGGUGUGCCAAUUGGACUGGAGUUGAUGGGUCAGGAUGGCCAGGAUGAAGCUCUGUUGACUCUCGCAGAACGCAUGGAAUGUCUACUUUCAUGCGGAAAAGCCCCAGCCGUCAACAUUGAAAAUACGGGAACAGGUCCUCUGAGCUGCGCAAAAUUUGUCUCGUCGACCGCAAACGAGAACAUGGUCAGAUGA